CCAAGAGGCCCGGAAGCCUCCUUCCUAGAGGCCCGGAAGCCUCCUUCCAAGAGGCCCGGAAGCCUCCUUCCAAGAGGCCUGGAAGCCUCCUUUCAAGAGGCCUGGAAGCCUCCUUCCAAGAGGCCCGGAAGCCUCCUUCCAAGAGGUCCGGAAGCCUCCUUCCAAGAGGCCUUAGAUUUUUAUGUGGAUUGUCUGAUAUUAAUCUUAUAAUCAGGAAGUUUAGCAAAAACUUCGUUGAGUUACAAGAAACUGUGUAUGAAUGUCAUAUAAAAAGAUUUUUAUCUAUGCAAUUAUAAGUUCUUUCGUUGAAAAUAAUAAGUAUGACCGCUCAAGCUCGUAGGCUAAAAGGAACUGUUUAUUCAACCGUAUAUCACGAAAGCAGAGCCCUGUUUCAAGCUCAAUGUAACUCGUCUCUGAGCACCCAAUCAGUGGGUUGCGUCGGUUAAACCGAACGCCGACUUACUACAAAAAGAAAUCGGGUGUUACUAUGAAAUAUUUUAUUGCUUUAACUUCACGCCUCUAAACUAAGAUUGAUCCACCUAGUGGUGUUAGUAGAUUGUUGGAUGGUUAUCCACUUGUUAGAGGAAAUGAAAUUUCCAAUCAGCUUCAUGUUUUUUUGCUUGCCUUACCUAUGGACAUCGAUUUUGGUUUGAUUUUAUUGGAUAUUUUUAUCAAAGUUAGUGCCACGUGUAAAUGAUAAACCAAUGGAUAACCGAAGAUAUCUCUUGAAGGUGCUCACAAUUAUUUAGUCUUAUAGAAACGUCGACCGUCGAACUAGAACCUAAUCGACGUUUUAUAAGGCCUAUUUCUAGAUCUAGUACUUCAAUAAAUGUAAAUGUUUUAACAAAUGCAGUUCUUUUGUUCUUAAUCCACAUUAUCCCAUCUGUGAUCGCUCAGCGAACUUUAUGCCUGAACUCCGGACAACAAUGGGUUACACUCAAGAUGAGAAUUCACGAUCUCGUGUUGCAGGAUACUUCGUUUGUGAUGACAAUUUUAUUAGCAUGCGCUUGAAGUCAACCGAAGUAAGAGUUGUGGAAUCUGCCUGCCCAUUCUUACAUCUGGUGUACGAAUAGUUGCAUUACUCCAUCUCUUUUCAGUUGCACAACUCGUGCCAUUACUAAGCGUGACAAAAAAUAUGGCGUACAAAAUUACGGUUCUAACAAUCAUCGAAUUAUUCAGAAGCGUCACGAUCCCGGAGGAUUCACUGGACUAAGAGAACUGUACGGGCUACAAAAAGCAGAGCAACGUGACCUCGUUGUCAGUAUUGUCUAUCGCGCUACUAAAAGCUGAAUGUUCUUUAUAGCAAGGAAAAUAAAUUCGUGCGCCUAAAAUUAAUGUUGCAUUAUUUUGAAAUCCAAUUCUUUCGUUUGUUUAAAACAAUUUACUUGGUGCAAUUCACAUUUGAUUUUCUUUAUAUUGCAGCAUUUGAUGAUGGUGGCAAUGCCACCGACGUUGAUAUUUACUACAUGGUGACACCCCGCGGAACAACUCAACUGGUGGUGGACGGAUUCCCAUACACCAAACAAAACGAACGUGCUCAUAUGACUUUUUGGGCGUGUUGCCAGGCGAGGCCGUUGAAUUGUUCCGCUCGGGUUUCAUCGCACAAGGAUGGAAGAAUCACUUUUCGAGGAGAGCACAACCAUGGAAAAAUUCAGGAGAGGCGCAAAGCUGGAGCGUUGAGGGAACUACUCGAGCAACGUGGCAAAGAGAAAGCUCAACGGAAACAGUUGAAAAACAUGGAAUUCAAGUAAAGCUCUGUUCCAAAUCGGAAACCGCAACUCGUUGAAAUUAUUUUUCAACAACCACUUCUACACCCGAUCGUACACGGCAGAACGGUCCAGCAAGUGGGUCUGCGACAGAAAGAAUAUGCUGAAAUGCAAAGCUCGGAUACGGUUGAAUCAGGACAAAACUUGUGUCGUACUAAACCCUCACCACAAUCACCCGGCUCGAAAUCCAAAUAUCAUUGGGAUGCUGAUCGAUUUCACCGACGAAGAUUUGAGCAAUAUGUUCCACAAAAACUCGCUGGGCGUUUUUAGCCAAAAACCAGCCGAUCGUUCAACUGUGAAGCAACAAACGAAUAAAACUGAUGCUUAACACUAUUAUUCUGUUGAUUUAUUGAAUGCGUCACGUAGUCUUAUUUUUUACAUUUUAAUAAAAUAACAAUGCAUUUGUACUCCAUUUCAGCGCACAAGAUUAUGAAGCUUCGAAAACGGAUCUACUACCUCAAAAAAGUGUCCAACGAAUUCGCGCACCAUAAUGACAAUCCUGUUACGCCACAGAUCGAAUAUCUGCAACGCGAUCUCGAAAUACUCACCGAAACUCUCCCGACGAAGAAGGACCACACAACAGGUACGGCAACGGACGGCGAUUCCGAUUCCGUUCCUGGCUUUGAGUUUCCACUGGCUGAGCAGGACGAAAUCGAACGGUUGGAAGCGGAAGUGAAGAAUGAUCCGUAUGUCCGUUGCCAAUACGUGAAAUAUCUCAUGAAGAUAAAACCGCGACCGAUGAAUUUGGUGCAGUUUUUGCCGAUGGUGUUUUGCGACGAGGCUCUCAUUUCCUACAACUACCACGGAGCGCACGCUUCCGGUAAAACAAGGUUCUCUAUGAAGGUGUACUGCAUUUUUACCGAUUGCUUUCUUGAGGCUUUCGAGGAAGAUGGUUUUGACAAGCACAUGCUGGGUAACCAAUUGACGAUGGCCAUCAAGCAGAGUCGUAAUCGAAUGCGGCAAAGAACGUACCGGGCGAAGAAGACGCUGAAGCGAAUCAGUUCUAAGGGAACGGAUUGACGAGCAUCAUAUUGCUUCAAUGAGAUAUUUACAGCUAAAAAAACAUAGAGUUAGAUGUUUGAAACGAGUAAAAACUCUGAGAACAA